AUGGUCGAGAAGUUGUUUUUACGUGGCGCUGGCUGGAAUUUGCUUAAUGCCAAUGACGAGACACCUGCUUGCGUUCUUCAGAGAAGAGGUCUCACGCGGACGAAGCUGUGGGACGCAAUGGUGGAUGCGGGUGUCAGAGCUGAGAUUUUGCUGCGGAAGUUGAAUGAUCCAAAUAUCGAGUUCCUAGAUUCGGAUGGUUUGGAGUCUGAGCCAGAGUCUGAGCCAGAGGCAGAGGACGAUGUUGAGAUAGAGGUGGAAGAAGUCAAGGUUGAUGAUUCACAAGAACCAGAACUCGAAAACACGGCACAGCCAAACUCAAACUUGAUCGAAGAAGAUCCUUCGAGCAUGCCAGAGGUAUACCUCAAAACAAAACUGGAAUACAAGGACGGUGCUCUAGUCACAGAUAGAGGAGACGGUGUGAUGAUGGAUUGGGAAAACGGGCUGAUGGCUGCAGGAUGCGAUUCGCUUUUCAAGGGCUCGAAUCCUUCCAAAACUGUUCUUAAUAUUGGUUUUGGGAUGGGAAUAAUUGACACCAUGAUCCAGGAAAGAAGCCCAGCGAACCACUACAUUUGUGAAGCGCACCCUGAUGUGCUCGCGAAGUUGAAGCAGGACGGCUGGUAUUCGAAACCGGGGGUCCACAUUCUUGAGGGAAGAUGGCAGGACACUCUUCCAGAGCUCUUGUCCAAAAAUGUGUUCUUUGAUGGUAUAUACUACGAUACCUAUAGUGAGCACUAUGAGGACAUGCUUGAGCUGUUUGACCUGGUGGUCGGUUUACUUACUGAAGACGGUGUAUUCUCAUUCUUCAAUGGACUUGGAGCUGAUAGAUUGGUUGUUUACGAGGUUUAUCGCAAGCUUGUGGAGAUAGAUCUCGCUAACUAUGGACUGGAGUUGACGUAUACCGAAAUAAACGCUCCAACCGGGACUUUGGAGGAGAAAGAUGAAACUGACGAGACGGUAUGGAAUGGUAUAAAAAGAGCCUAUUGGAGGUGUCCUGUAUACUACCAUCCAGAAGCGAGGUUUAAGUAG